AUGCGCUGUCUCCACAUCAGAGGGAUUUUUCUCACUCUGUGUUUGGCUCCAGCUGCUUUGUCGAGCUUGCACCCUGAAUGUGAGUUUAUAUUUCAGUUGGAGAAAGAGGAGCGUAACUGCCUUCAGUACAUUGUGGAGCAGGACAACGGAAGCACAGAAGGUUGUCGGCCAUUCUGGGAUGCCGUCGUCUGCUGGCCUCAUGCAGUCGUCGGUGAAACAGUCCAAAGAGCUUGUCCUGCAGUCUUCUCCCUCUUUAAAAACAACACAGGUUCUGUGAGCCGUAAUUGCACGAGUGGAGGUUGGUCCGGACCUUUACCACCGUACCACAUUGCCUGCAGUGUGGAUGAUGACAUUCCCGAGACAGAGCAGUCAUACUUUGCCACAGUGAAGCUGAUAUACACCAUUGGCUAUAGCAUCUCUCUUGUGGUGCUGGCUUUUGCUGUGUUGAUCCUGCUACUCUUCAGGAGGCUGCGUUGUGCCAGGAACUUCAUUCACAUCCAGCUCUUCAUUACGUUUAUCCUGAAAGCUGUGGCAGUGUUCAUAAAGGAUGCUACACUCUUUUCAAGUGACGAUACCAACCACUGCACCCUUUCCACAUUUUCCUGUAAGUCCUCUGUGGUCUUCUGUCACUACUGUGUAAUGGCCAAUUUUUUCUGGCUCCUGGUGGAGGCGCUCUACCUCAAUUCUCUGCUGCUUUCUUCAUUCUGUCACAGUCGUCGAUGUCUCUGGGUCUUCAGCCUGUUGGGAUGGGGUGUACCUGUCCUCUUCAUUGCCCUGUGGAUUGGAUCCAGGGUGUACUUUGAGGACACAGAAUGUUGGGACAUCAACGAGGACUCGCCCUAUUGGUGGAUCAUCAAGGGACCAAUUGUUAUAUCCAUAGCGGUUAACUUUAUGCUCUUCAUGAACAUCAUCAGAAUCCUGAUACAGAAGCUCAAUCCCCGGCUGAUCCAGUUCAAUAACUCCUCUCAGUACAGACGCCUGACUAAGUCCACCCUCCUCCUCAUCCCUUUGUUUGGUACUCACUACAUGUUCUUCAAUUUUCUGCCUGACUACUUCAAUGUUAACCUGCGCCUCUGUAUCGAGCUCUGCAUGGGAUCCUUCCAGGGGCUUCUUGUAGCAAUUCUCUACUGCUUUCUGAAUCAAGAGGUCCAGAAAGAGGUCCACUUGCAGUGGCUGAGGUGGCAGGAGCGGAGCUAUGGUGCGGUGUCACCUGCUGCAAAGGGCAGCCAGAUGGACACACCCUUCUAGUGGUGUCCUGUCAAACCUUCACCCUCUUCCUAUAAGUAUUCUGCUAUCUGAACAUUAACACAGAAUUUCUUCUGUGCACGUCAUCAUCUCUAAAUGGGUUGUACGGUACGUACAAGUGGUCAUGCACCUCUAAAGCCUCAGCCUGUAAAGUUUUCAUUCCAAACUUGACGACUGUUUUACUGGCUGCGCUACUUCAGCCAGAAUGGAGAAACUGAGGUCAACUUUCCAACAGAAAAUGAUUCUGAAAUCUCAUCACAUUUUACACACAGAUUAAAACAGGUCCUGCCAAUCUUGUACACAUAUCCCACAGGACACUGUGACAACAGCUUUAGAAAGAUCUGCCUUAAGAUUUCCUCUGAGGCCUCACUGGUCAAGUGAGAGAAUGAUAAUUUAACUGAGCUGUAUGCUCAGCCUAACUAUCAAAGAACCAUCAAUUAUCAAGUAAUGUGAUUUCACCCGAUAUAGGUUUUAUCCAACAAAAGAAUAUGCUGUCAUGUCAAGUGUACAUUAUAAUGUACUCACUAUGUAUGCAGUCAAGGUUUUGUUAUGAAGCUGUAGCUUACUGCACAAAUGAGUUAUCACUCAGCUGACUCACAUGGUAAAUAAAAUGUAUUAUUAUUAUUAAUGACUCAUAUUAUUCAUUGGUUUUAAAAUAUUAAAUGACAUAAUCUAUAUAAUAUCUGAAACUGUGGGAAGCACUGAUUGAUUUUUCUGACUUGUUCAGCACACAGGGAGGUUAGUACUGUAAGUAUGUGUAUGUUUUCUUGUGGUUUUUCCGCUUAUUGAACUUAAUGUUUUUGUAUAUUUAUUUACUUGUUGUUUUAUUUAUUCAUUCACAGUAAGGAUCACAGUAAAAAUGAAAUACAUCUGUUGAUGCUGAUGUUGUGGGGUGCAGCUUCAUGAACAAAUAACCUAAAGCCUACUCAUGCUAAGCAGUGACAUUAGCAUGUGGGCCUUCUUUUAAGUGAAAAUUUGCACACUGUUGAAAACCACUCCACUGUAUACUUUAAAAGUUAAAGCCAAUGCAGCGUGUUGUGUUCUGUCAUGUCAUGCGGUCGACUCCAUCUGUAUUAAAGAAGUCUCAGCAUCUCCACUGCCAUCUGUGAUUCAGCAAAGGACUGGAAUACAUGAAUAGUAACUUUAUUAUGGUAAUAAUUAAAAAUAAUCUUAAUAUCAAUGUAUAAAAUAGCUGUUAACAUGCAGUACUUUCAACUGCGUGGUUGAAUAAAUAACGGUAAAAGUAUACAAGAUUUCCAUAAUUACCGUAUUUGUAGAUCUCUGUGAGAAAUUAUUUAUUGU